AUGUCGUUAUUUUGGCCGAAGAAUUCAAAAGUUGUUGUUGUCUUAGAUAAAGAAAGUGAAGAAGACAGAAAAUACGGUUCUACACUGAAUGAGACAACGCAGAAUAAAAAGCUAGAUUUACGAGUUUGUUACAUGGAACCGUAUCCUCAAGAGAUGAUUCAUCACUGGGGCAAGAUGCGGAUGUACAUGGACAUGAUGCAUGCUGAUUUACGUACUAAUGCCACGUAUGUCGGUCUAGUUGAUGUAGACACACUUUUCACGACAGCAGUUACGCCAAACUUAAUUCUGGAAGAUGGGAAACCUGUGGUAACAGGAAGAAUCGGAGACCCUAGAAUUCCUUGUUGGAUUGAAAGUGCUGCCUAUAUACUUGGUCGAAAGCAAGCCAUGCAGUGUAUGCAUUAUUUCCCCGUGACAUUCAAAACGGCACAUAUCAGAGAAUUUCGUCAGUAUGUGGCUCAAUUGCACGGUAAAGACUUUAAACAAGUUAUUUCUGAAACAACCCACAAACUCAAAAUUCGUGGGUCGUGUUACUGCCAUUAUAGUACCAUGUGCAACUAUAUGGUGGUACAACCACAGAAAUUAAUGAAUACGCAUGGCAUUUGCAGUAUGUCAAACCGACUCGUCCGUUAAACACCUCGGUGCCGUACGACUAUUUCUUCACUGAAGUCAAGCCAGAGGAAAAGAUACCACAUCUACGUUCUUCGAUACAUGUACGCCACUUCAUGCUCAAUGGAAAAUACAUGGAUGCAAGAGAACCAACGGCACGUUUCGUCAAUGACACAUUGGUUGAAGGCCUAUGUUGUUCUUUUGGAAUAAAACUCUGUGGCGAUCUAUGCAGGGAAUAUAAUCAAAGUAACAUUCAUGUCAACUUGUUCAAUUUCGAAAACUAUGAUUGGUUAUGGGAUAGUCGCUGUAUGCAAAAACAAAUCGAGCAUUACAAAAAUGUCGCAGAUCUUUUCAACAAAACGUUUUUCUAUAUGGACUCGAGUCAGGAAAUAUGCCGAACUAUAGCAUCUUUUAAAUUGUAAAAACGCCAGUGUAAUUAUAACCAACCAGGAACGGAUGCAGGUAAUUAAAGGAUUUUCUUAUACUCUCUUUUCAGUAAUAGAUUGUCUUCACAGUGACGUCAUCAAAUUAUAAAGUCAUUUACACUAGGUUAAAAAUAAGCAAAAUGUAAAUCUUUGUACAUGUUUACAUUCCCUUAGCAUGUUUCAUUUCGAAAAUACAGCAGUUUGAACCUCCGAGUUUUCACAGUGCGUGACACCAAAAUGGGAAUGCUGUCUCGUUGGAAAAAAGUCUCUACUCUUGAUUUUCAGCAGCAUAGCUAUUUCAAGUAUUAGAAGAUAUGUUUAUGCGCCCCUGUACUAGUUCUCGAGUGCAAAGAAAGAGCUUUUAUAGAAAAAGUGAACUCCAGAUGUUUUUGUUGAUUUCCAGCGGCCAUACCGGUGCACCAAAACGGUACACCAAUAUGGCGUCUACAUACAAAGCUCUACAAAGGUGCGUGAAACGUUUCGGCAAAUAACUGGGAAACUUUGGGCGGGGCCACAAAGACCUGAGACUUGAACAAAUUGUUUGUAUAUUAGUCUUUUAUAACAUUUUAUUUUCUUGGCUUCUUCCACUGGACGUUUCCAAUUUAUUUUUUUUGUUUCGUGACAGUGAAACAAAAAAUAUGAUCAAUGAAAAACUACAUUCUUAAAAUGUCAUCAAAAAAUAUGGUCGCGGUAGAUUACGAGACGUGGUCAUUUAUGAGAGGUUCUAACCACAAAACUUAAAAAUGAACAUUUUCCUUUAAUUUCACCUGCAAGAAUAUUGUUGCUCAAUCCAGAACACCUUGGGUGUCCUGUGAACACUGAGUGUGAACACCACAAUCUUCAAUUCAAACCUCUAAAGGAGAUAUCGAGAAUCCCAAUCCAGUUCAUAAGCUCUUGAUACACAAACAGGUGCCAACAACAACAAUCAGAUAAAAGAUAGGAAAAUAAACACAAAUGGCUAUAAACACGGCUAAUGCAUAGUUUUGGGAAAGAAACCUUUAGAGUUUGUGAUGGCCAUCAACAUGCCAAAAGAGCAUUUGGACUGGCUACUUUGUGUUUUCUUCUUUCUGUUACGUGAAGCCAUCUAAGCGCAUUCAAUUCGCAGCAACGGCUUUCUCUAACACGGGACUGCUGAAUAAUCAGUCCCCUUCCUUUUAAAUGACUCCAAACCAUUCGAUAGCCACUGUUAGGGAACUCCUCCUUUUUACUUCGAACAAUACCAUCUAAGGUAUAAUCGUCGAUGGUUGAAAAUGAAUGUGAAAUUUCAAGGUUAAAAUUCUUACGCCGCCUGUUGAGUGUAGCCUGAGAAAUGCUCAACAUACAUGUCAUAUCUGCUCCCUUAAAGCCGUUAUCCACACGACAGGUUAACUGUUCUUUAAUGACACGAAUCUUAGGCCUUCCUGAGGCACCAGUGUACCCUACAUGCGGUUGAAAUGAAAAGUUUUUUGCCAACUCCUCCAUCUCCGUCAGCAAAUCGACGAUAGUUCGUAACUUUGUUGUCUUAGCCUCGUCCACCAUGUUGACUGAAGCAAGGCGUUCGGCAUGGUGAUACAACAAGCAUGCUGUCAAUGUUUAGCGACAUCAAGGCUAGAGUGAUCUAACAUUUCCAAAAGGUCUUUUUACAGCCUCUUCGUACUGAUUUAAAAAGAUAUCAGUUUGCCCGGGAUAAAUUUGCUUGGCCAGAGUCAAGAUUUGCAAUUUGUCUCGUGGGUUCUUGAAUAACACUAAUUAGUAAACUCCACCUAGUGGUCUAUUAUCAAUGCUGCGUUCUGAUUGGUUGAGCUACUACUAGGCUAUAUGUUAAAGCCCACAAGUAGCGGAAAGCGCCGGGCUUUUUGGAGGCAAAAAGGCUUAAAGUCUAGCUUUAACUAGCUAAAGUUGUUUUGUCUCUAUAUUUUUGACCAACUAGUUGGAUUUUACUAAAACAAUUAUUCCUCUCUCCCUCAUGGCAUCUGAGUCAAUAGCCCAUUCGGGCUCGAGGAAUAAUUGUUAAAUAAUGACUGUUUAGGCUAAUGCUGCCACUGCCUUUCCCCUGAUGGAAUAGAUUCUGCACGAUAUAAAUCACGCUUAGAUUGCAAUUAUAAGAACCACGAGUAAAGAGAUUCACAAUUCGCCUGUCUUUACUGGCGUCAAUCAUCUGAUCAUCAAACACGAUCAAAUUCCGUUUCUUCACAUCAAGAUAAGAAUCCUACUCCAAAGCCGUAGGAAUUCCCUUAACGAAUUCAAUGUGUAGCAUGGCCACUAGCAUUUCUGUAUACGCAGACUGCCAUUGUGAAUAACACCAGAUGAUUCUCUCCGGGGGAAGGCAAAUUGCCUCUGAAGCUUGCUGUAAAAGAGAUCGAACCCAGGCCGUUUUUCUGGACCCGGUCAUUCCAGCAAUCAUGCAGGUUAAAGGAUACUCGAAGCGAAACCGCUGACAUUUUUCUUGAAGGCAUUAGAACUGUUUGUAAUGGGAUGAGACCAGCAUUGCGGUGUUUAGACAUCAGGUGCCUUUGCAUGCUAUCCUUUCUACUAAACGAUUUUUCGUAAAGGGAACAAAACCAACUCAUGUCAACUCCUCAGGAACAGAAUGUAGACUGAGAAAAAGGUAGAAUGUUGCGGAUUUAUAUAGGUUUACGUCACCACCACCACCAGCACCACCACAUUUCUAUAGUUUUUUCUCCCCUAACACCACAACAUUUCCAUUGAUUUCUUCCACCACCACCACAUUUCUAUUGCUUUCUUCCACCACCACCACAUUUCUAUUGCUUUCUUCCACCACCACCACCCCCACCACCACCACAUUUCUAUUGCUUUCUUCCACCACCACCACCUCCACCACCACCACAUUUCUAUUGCUUUCUUCCACCACCACCACCCCCACCACCACCACAUUUCUAUUGUUUUCUUCCACCACCACCAACAACAACAUUUCUAUAGUUUUUUCUCCCCUAACACCACCCCAUUUCCAUGGAUUUCUUCCACCACCACCACCCCCACCACCACCACAUUUCUAUUGCUUUCUUCCACCACCACCACCCCCACCACCACCACAUUUCUAUUGCUUUCUUCCACCACCACCAACAACAACAUUUCUAUAGUUUUUUCUCCCCUAACACCACCCCAUUUCCAUGGAUUUCUUCCACCACCACCACCCCCACCACCACCACAUUUCUAUUGCUUUCUUCCACCACCACCACCCCCACCCUCACCACAUUUCUAUUGCUUUCUUCCACCACCACCACCCCCACCACCACCACAUUUCUAUUGCUUUCUUCCACCACCACCAACAACAACAUUUCUAUAGUUUUUUCUCCCCUAACACCACCACAUUUCCAUGGAUUUCUUCCACCACCACCACCCCCACCACCACCACAUUUCUAUUGCUUUCUUCCACCACCACCAACAACAAUAUUUCUAUAGUUUUUUCUCCCCUAACACCACCACAUUUCCAUGGAUUUCUUCCACCACCACCACCCCCACCACCACCACAUUUCUAUUGCUUUCUUCCACCACCACCACCCCCACCACCACCACAUUUCUAUUGCUUUCUUCCACCACCACCACCCCCACUACCACCACAUUUCUAUUGCUUUCUUCCACCACCACCAACAACAACAUUUCUAUAGUUUUUUCUCCCCUAACACCACCACAUUUCCAUUGAUUUCUUCCACCACCACCACAUUUCUAUUGUUUUUCUCCACCACCGCCACCACAUUUCUAUUGCUUUCUUCCACGACAUUCAAUAAAAGACUGCAAAGUACUAUCAUUAGUUUAUUUUGUAGCAAUGUCUCGUGUAGUGAAGAACAAUCGUGGUUUUCUCCAAUUGUUAGCUGUGGUCCAGCUCAUCAGCGGCAGUUUCCCUUCCGGACCGUUACUCCACAAUAACUGCAUGCAUUAGUCCAAGUCUUAUACAAUAUACUUAAGGAAUACAUUCCCAUCCCCGAAGAAAAUGAGCGCAAAUUGUUGUCAUAUGAAGAUGCUCUAUUAAACCUUGCAGAAACAGCGGUCCCUUACAAAACAAAGAAGCCAAUCCUUGUACAAGAGGGUGGUGGUUUUAUUCAAGACUUACUGGUCCAUGCUCUUACAAGCUUAGGAUUUUUUAUGCUAUAAAAGAAAAUACAGAGCUAUAUGUUACUCAUUCGAAGCCUGCCUUCCACCUGUACUGAUUGAAAUGAAGAGAAAGAUAGAUUUUGUUGAUGAAGAGCACGACAAUGAAAAUGAAGAGAGCGGAAGUCUUGAUGAUGAAAGCAAGGAUGAAGAACCAAGGAUUAAAGAUGUUUUGAGUAACCUUUCCAAUGCGGUGUCUAACGUGCGUGCUUCUGAUUUUUUGCAUAGCAUGGCCACUUCCAGAGAUAUUCUAUUCUGGACUCCCCGCGGACAGUUACUUUGAAAUAAACGCAUAAUUCCCGUGACAAACAUCGCAGAGCUAGUCGAAUAUGUACUAUUACCACAUAACGAUGACGGUACCAAGCCUCGUGCGCUGAAUACCCUUCUAGAUGGACUUGCGGAGUUAGGAGUGGAUAAAGGCGUAAUCAAGAACAAAAAGGUCCUAAAUGAUUUGAUAGAAAGAGAAAAAGGCUACCGAAAUGGAGAAAAUGCUUCCGAGAACGAGAGCAAAGUAGAAAGUUCACCAGAAAGAGAGGAAGAGGAGAUAGCUUCUGCGAGUAGAAGUGAAACUGAAGACACCCAAGAGAGCGACAACGACACUGAAAACGAAAGUGAGGAAACAGAAAGUAAUAGCCCUGAAACGUCCACAACCUUUCAUUCU